UAUUCGAGUUACUUUGGAUUAAAAAAAUGAAGAAAAUGCUAUAAAAGUCGAGAAAAUACAUUUUUUUAACGUAUACGUAUACCGAUUUUGAACUUUGAAUAUUUUUUAUGAUGAAUGAUGAUUAUUGAUCAUCAUAUGAUGAUGAAGGUAGUUUUUGAAUACUCAUACCUGAAGUAUUACUUUUUUGCAAUGUGAUAGCAAAAGAGGUAAAAAAAUAAAAUCUACCGAAAUUUGACGAUUUCUACCGAAAAAUUAAGUGCAGUUGGUUGUACGAUAAAAUCAUUUAAAAAACGAUAAUUUCUGCAGCAUUGUACGAUAUUUUCGUUUUGAUCAUCUGGCAACCCUGCUGGGUUUUAUUCAGUUAUUCUGUCUGUCUGUGCUACUGUUUACUGAAAACAGAAAUUUUACUCUUAUUUAUUUUUGCCAGACAGUUUUCUUACUUGUUUUUAAUAGUAUGUUAAUAAAUCAAUAAAAUCAAGUAAUCAAAUGGAAGUACAAGUAAAACAAGAAAUUAUCGAGGACCCUUGUAAAGUAGAAGUAGAUGACAAUGAAUUGGUUGAGGGUGCUUCUUUUUUGGAUGUCUUUAAAUGUGAAAUUAAGCAGGAAUCCAAUAAGCAAUUUAAACAUGGCUCAUAUGAUUAUUUAGACUUAAAGGAAUAUCCAAUAAAGACUGAAAUAGAACAACAUGCAAAUAAACUUAACCCCUUUGAAGAAAACCAAAAAACUGAAAAAGGUUAUCUCCAAGACGAGCACAAAAUGGAAAGUACGGAUGCACCAAUUGAAGAUUCAUCUUACGAAGGAAAUUAUAUGACUCAACACGCUGAAGGGAAAGCAUUAAAUAAAAAUACGAAAGUUGCGACUGGACAAAGACAUUACAAGUGUGAAACUUGUUUAAAACAGUUUCCUACUCAAAGUCAUUUGAAAAUACAUAUGAGAGUACAUACUGGGGGAAAACCUUACAAGUGUGAAAUUUGUUUUAAGGAGUUUAGCCAAGCAGGUCAUUUGAAAACGCAUUUGAGAAUCCAUACUGGAAAACGUCCCUUCAAGUGCGAAAUUUGUUUUAAACAGUUUAGCCAAAAAAGUCAUUUGAAAAGACAUUUGAGAGUGCACACUGGGGAUAAACCUUACAAGUGUGACAUUUGUUUUAAGUCAUUUGAUGAAGCAAGUAAAUUGAAAACACAUUUGAGAAUGCACACUGGGGAACAACCUUACAACUGUGAAAUUUGUUUUAAGCAGUUUACUUCAUCAAGUUAUUUGAAAGUACAUUUGAGAGUGCACACUGGGGAACAACCUUACAAGUGUGAAAUAUGUUGUAAGCAGUUUAGUACAGCAAGUGGUUUGAAAAAACAUUUGAGAGUGCACACUGGGGAACAACCUUACAACUGUGAAAUUUGUUUUAAGCGGUUUACUUCAUCAAGUUAUUUGAAAGUACACUUGAGAAUGCACACUGGGGAACAACCUUACAACUGUGAAAUUUGUUUUAAGAGGUUUACUUCAUCAAGUUAUUUGAAAGUACAUUUGAGAGUGCACACUGGGGAACUACCUUACAAGUGUGAAAUGUGUUGUAAGCAGUUUAGUACAGCAAGUAAUUUGAAAAAACAUUUGAGAAUGCACACUGGGGAACAACCUUACAACUGUGAAAUUUGUUUUAAGCGGUUUACUUCAUCAAGUUAUUUGAAAGUACAUUUGAGAAUGCACACUGGGGAACAACCUUACAACUGUGAAAUUUGUUUUAAGAGGUUUACUUCAUCAAGUUAUUUGAAAGUACAUUUGAGAGUGCACACUGGGGAAAAACCUUACAAGUGUGAAAUAUGUUGUAAGCAGUUUAGUAUAGCAAGUGAUUUGAAAAAACAUUUGAGAGUGCACACUGGGGAAAAACCUUUCAAGUGUGAAAUAUGUUGUAAGCAGUUUAGUACAGCAAGUGAUUUGAAAAAACAUUUGAGAGUGCACACUGGGGAAAAACCUUACAAGUGUGAAACUUGUUUAAAACAGUUUUCUGAAAUAAGUACUUUGAAAAAUCAUUUACGAACGCACACUGGAGAAAAACCUUAUAAGUGUGAAAUUUGUUUUAAGCAGUUUAACCAAGCAGGUUAUUUGAAAAAACAUUUGAGAGUGCACUUAGGAUAAAAUUCACCAAGUGUGCAAUUUGUUUUAUGCAGUUUAGUCGUGAAAGUGAGCUGAAAACACAUUUGUUGGUACACAUUGAUAGUGCAAACAAAAACGUUGUGUCAUAAACAGCGCCUAUUUUACCACUAGGCCCUUGAGGCACCUGCCUUCGACCCGCAUUUUAUUGGGGCCCGGAAAGAUCACAAAAAAAAUUUUUAUUGCAAUAACAAAAAAAUUUUUAAAAUUCUUUCAUUUUAUGAACAGGAAAUGAUAAAUGAUGAAUCCACUUGAUUUUCAAGUGACUUUACUGGUCACAAGUACAUAUCCGUCAUCUCCUAUAGAAAACAACAAUGCCAAUAACUCUUCCUAGUGAUAUAGGGGAUUGGCUAAAAUAUUUAAAUCUGGAAUUUCAAUAAUAUCUUAUAAAUAAUCGACCGAAUCAAUAUAUUGAUAAAAUUAGUGAAUGUGUUACACAAUUUGAUAAUAAUAAAACCAGACAUUUGCAAAGUGCAAUUUUUUAUAAAAUAAAAGCUAAUGGGGAAAAAUUCUUCGCGAAUGUUUAGUGUACAGUCCUAAAUGUAGCCGUGUUUAUUGUUACUUUUGUAAACUGAUUUCCACGAAAAUUAUUGUUUUUCUAAAUUUCGACCGGUAGGUAUAAUGACUGGAAAAAUAUCAAUAGGACAGCUAUUCAACAUUUUUAUUUUAUUUUUUUAUUUAUUAAAUAGACGAGAGCACCCCAUUACAACAUUAUAUUUUUAAUCUAAUUUAUCUUAUAACUACACUUUAAAAUACAAUACUUAGAAAUAAUUCUAGAGUUUACUAUAAAUCAUGGUUUUAAAUUGAUUUAAAUUAAAAGGAUCUAUAUCACAGUGACUAUUUAAAAACCUUAAGGCCCUAUCAAAUGGAUUAUUGCAGGCAUAAUUGGUAGCAUGAAAGUUUAUAUGAAAAAGUUCAAAAGAUAGUCUAUACUGUGGAAUAUUGAACCUUAUUUUACUUAAAAGUUCCGGACAUUGAAUUAAAUUGUUUAAUAAUUUACCUAUAAAUAAAUACAGAAUCAAACCAAAUUCGUCUGUUAUAAAGUGUUGUUAGAUUUGAGUGAUCUCCUUUUCCUCAACAUAUUUCAUUAAUUGGCACCUAUAAGAGAAAUAGUACAGCAGGACAAAUUGUAUCAUUAAGGCUAUGGGUACAUAAUUCGCAAAUAUUUUACGUGUAUCCCUACUUUUUCUGUCUUUACACGCCAAAUUACGUGUAGUAAAAUUCACACUGGUAUGGAUAUGUAAACAUUACUAGAAUGUCAUUCUACUUGAAAAUGUCAUCAUUAAUUUAAAGAGAUGGGUUUUGAAUGUUCUUGGAUAACUGUUAUUUUUAUAAUUGCAAAUUAUUAAUUCAGUUAAUAAAUGUGAUAAUUUUUUCACUAACUAUGUAUUCAGUGAUUGUAAUAAUUUAUUUGUACAACAAAAACUAAUACUUAAUCGAGAAAAGAGGAAAAGUGUUAAAGUGAUUUUUUAAUAAUAUAUUGUUAUGGAACGCUUACAACUUUGAACAUCUUUAACAACAAAGUACUUGGAUCACAGAAUAUAUUUAGUAUAAGAGCUGUGAGACAUUUUUGAGUAGGUAUUUUAGGCAACCUGAAAAUUUUUCAGGUGACUCUUCUGUGAUAGCCUAAUACAAAAAUGCCGGUCUGGCUGGAGGGUAGCGGUUAUUUUCCCCAAAAAUCCCCACCAAAUUUAAAAAAAGGGUAAAAAUUAUUAUUACAAAAAAUAUCAUUGACGUGACUUUAAAGUAAAUUUAAAUAUUCAAAUAUAAAGAAAAUAAACAGGCCAGGCGAUUUGAGGGCGAUUUUAACUCUGCAAGAUACUUGCAUGGGCGCCCCAGGAUUAUUUUCAGGGGAUGAAUCUGAACUUCAGAAGAUUUCAUCUGAAUCUGUACAUACUACUAACGAGUAUAAAAUAUACAACUAUACAUGCAAAGCUAUGUACAUUCCUUCCGCACAGGGAGGUGCAAUUGU